AUGUCGCAUAUUAAACUAUAUAAUUUUAUAUUAAUAUUUUUGUGUAUUACAUCGAACAUUUUUUCAGUUUUAUCAAAAUUAUCAAAAUUAGAGAAUGAUGUCAACAAUGCAGUACGUUCUAGUAUAUUUACCGGUGAUAAUUUGUCAUAUAGUAUUAAACUGCGUCAGUACAUAAUUCUGUAUGGAUAUUUGGUUCCAACUGCAGCUACAGAAACCAAUACAGAUAUGUACAUGAGUGUAUUUUAUAUUUAUACGAACUGUUCAUUUGCUGAAUGGCUUCAGAAUAAACUAUUUAAAUUUAUCGAAAAAUUCCCAAUAUUUUAUCAAACGAAAUUUCAAAACACUACAAAUAAUGAAUUUAUCAAACCUUUUGUAAGACCUAAUCUAAUUGAUAAAUUAAUUGAAAUCGACUCUUUUGUUAAACGCUCCAUAAAUAUUUUACUGCACAAUUUUUUACAUCUCACUAAACAGAGAGAUUAUGAUACGUCGUUAUUAAAAACAAUGUUAUUACUACAAUUUAGAAUUCACUUUUUGACGCUCCCUGUAGAUACCAAACAACCACCAACAGAUGAUGUAGUAGUUCGAUCAAUUCUUGAAAUAAUGAACUUCAUUCAAAUGUUCAUGGCCACGAAUUGUGAUGUUCACACUUAUAAUAAAAAAUAUUAUAACAAUGAUAGAUAUUUUAUUAAAUCAUAA